AUGGCAGGAAAAACUGUUCUUCAUCUUAGGGCUGAGUCUAAACCUCUUGAGCACCGCUCUGCUCUAACCCCCACUACCGCGAAAGCAUUGUUGGAUGCUGGCUAUGAAGUCAAUGUUGAGCGCAGCGUGCAGAGGAUCUUCGAGGACGAGGAGUUCGAGAAGGUCGGGUGCACGCUACUUCCGGAGGGCUCAUGGACUGAGGCACCGGCGGAUCACAUCAUCAUUGGAUUGAAGGAGUUGCCUGAGGAUGAUUUCCCUCUCAAGCACACCCAUGUCCAGUUCGCGCACUGCUACAAGAACCAGGGUGGCUGGAGGGAUGUUCUCUCCCGUUUCCCUGCCGGUAACGGGACCUUGCUCGACCUGGAGUUCCUCCAGGAUGAGUCGGGCCGCCGUGUCGCAGCCUUUGGAUAUCAUGCUGGUUUCGCCGGAGCUGCUCUCGGAGUUGAAGUUUGGGCCAAGCAGUUGUUGAACCCUAGUGAGGAGGUUAGGGAUGUUAAACCAUACCCUAACGAGGAUGCAUUGAUCAAAUAUGUCAAGGAACUUGUAGCCGAGGGUGCCAAGAAGAGCGGAAGGCAACCCAGAGUGUUAGUCAUUGGCGCGCUCGGAAGAUGUGGGAGAGGUGCCGUCGAUUUAUGCCUUAAGGCUGGUAUCCCUACUGAGAAUGUCUUGAAGUGGGACAUGGCCGAAACUGCUAAGGGAGGUCCUUUCGUGGAGAUUGUUGAGUCCGACAUUUUCGUGAACUGCAUCUACCUCAACACACCGAUCCCUCACUUUGUCAACAAGGAGUCCCUAGAAAACCCCAGCCGUAAGCUGUCAGUUGUUGUUGACGUCAGUUGUGACACCACCAAUCCUCACAACCCUAUCCCGAUCUACUCUAUCAACACAACCUUCGACAAGCCUACCGUACCAGUCGAAGUUAACGGAGAGCCUCCACUUUCUGUCAUCUCAAUUGAUCACUUGCCAACUCUCCUCCCUCGUGAGGAGCACUACUAG